GCUCUCCGCAUUGUGCAAAGUAGGAUUGUUCCCCGGAAUCAACUCCUGACAUCUUAUGGAGCUGGAACUGUUUUCUACAUAAGAAUACCAAUGCAUCCAACUCCCAGCUGUGUUCGAACAAGUCAUCUAUCCUCACCUCUGUUGUCCCUUCCCACAACAUCUACAUCUACCCGACCGACAGGAUUGCCAACACGCCCACAAUUUCUUCACCAUGGGUGCAACCCGAGGAGCUACACACGCUGUCGGAGCUGACUUAGCUGCCGUGCUCCCUCCAAAUGCCAAGCCUUGGUACAAAACUCCUUACCUACUGAAACUUAACAUCCUCUUGUUCAUGUGCAUGUUGUCCUCCAGUACCAUUGGUUACGACAACUCUAUGAUGAACGGGUUGCAAGCGCUGGCUCCCUGGCAGACAUUUAUGCGGCAUCCCAAAGGCGCAUAUCUCGGUCUGAUAAACGCCACUCAAGCCAUUGGAGGUUUUGCGGCCUUCCCUCUCAUGUCCGUUGUUGCUCAGAAGUAUGGCCGCAAAAAAUGUCUCUAUCUUGGCUUCCUUCUCAUUACAAUCGGAACAGCACUUCAGACCGGCGCCACCAAUCGCGAGAUGUUCAUCGUCUCCCGCGUUUUCGUAGGUCUAAGUUCCGCUUUCUUCGGUGCGGUACCUAUGCUUGUGGGUGAGGUAGCCUAUCCCACCCAUCGGGGAAUCAUCACUGCCAUGUUCUUUCCACUUUACUAUGUGGGCUCUCUCCUGUCCGCAUGGGCAACUUUCGGGACGCGAAACAUGAAGAGCGACUGGUCCUGGCGAAUCCCAUCUAUCCUUCAAGUCGGCAUACCGGUGGUGAUCGUUGCCUUCGUCAUCCUUGCACCAGAAUCCCCACGCUGGCUCGUUGCAGCAGGCUGCAACGAAGAAGCUCGUGCUUUGUUAACCACGUACCACGCUGGAGGUGACGAGUCAUCCCCGCUGGUAGCAUUCGAGAUGGCGGAGAUUGAAGAAACCCUGCGGCUCGAAAAACAAUUCAAGAAGGAAGCUAGCUACCUAGACAUGUUCCGAACAAAAGGCAAUCGGCAUCGUCUCUUCAUCUCGGUGACUCUCGGGGUGUUCGCACAAUGGAGCGGAGUCGGCAUUAUCUCAUAUUACCUGGUCUCAGUGCUGAAGACCGUCGGAAUCGCAUCACCUACCCAACAAACCCUGAUCAACGGGUUUCUACAGCUAUGGAAUCUCAUUGCCGCAGUCACUGCCGCAGGGCUCGUCGACAAACUUGGUCGACGAUUCCUAUUUAUCACUUCGUCGGUUGGGAUGCUCGUUUGUUACAUCAUUAUGACUGGCCUUGCUGGCCGCUACGCACAAACGCAUCACGCUAGCGUCGGUAUUGCAGUUGUUCCCAUGCUCUUUCUAUACUAUGGCUUUUACGACAUUGCCUUCACGCCGCUUGUCGCUGCUUACCCUGUCGAGAUAUGGCCAUAUGAGCUUCGCUCGCGCGGUGUGGUUGUUACACAUGCAUUAACCUAUGCUGCAUUGUUCUUCAAUCUCUUCAUUAACCCAAUUGCCUUGGCCGCUAUUGCAUGGAAAUACUACAUUGUUUAUGUCGUUAUCUUGAUCAUUAUCUGUUUGACUGUCUUUUUUUCGUACCCAGAGACGAGAGGUCAUACUCUGGAGGAGAUUGCUGUAGUAUUUGAUGGGCCUAGUGCACACGUGGCAAUGCCAGAGAAGGUUCUGGAGGCUGUCGAGCACCAGGUAAUGGAAAAGAAGACGGAAACCCAGAUUGAACAUGUGCGUGAGUAGUGGACACGUCAGCGAUCGAUAUGUAGAAAGAUGAGAGGGUUGAGUUCCAGCUAUUUCUAUACAGAGAAGUAGUCCAAAGAAACCCACCCUUCAAACAGAAAUGCCCGAGGAAAAAUUGUUUCCUUCUCCGCAAAUCCGCUUCAAAUACGCACCCUAGUGCAUAUGGUUCCAGAAUUUUCAUAAAAGCCGAGCCUUUUCUCGAUUCCACGGUUGAAGUUCGCUGAGUCCUUGUGUCGAGGUGGUUUUUUAAACAAUACCACAAUCAAUUCUGAAUUUCUUCACUCAAAAGUAUGGAACCAAG